UUCAAUAAAACGAGCUCAAAAUUCCUUAGGACAGUUAAUUGUGCUGUACUCUUUUGAUAUUCAAAAUUAAUGUUUUUGUGGCUCUAUCAGAAACUGUGUCGAUUAUGCUAAGGAGACAAAUAUUGUAAACAAAGAUCUAGAUUCUCCUAUAACAGCAGGUUACAUGUAGUUAAUUAUAAGCUAUCUGUACUAAUUCCCUAGCUAACAAGCUAAUCGAGCCGGGUAACGUUUUUAGCCUUUUCAAACCGGUGUUCAUAAUUUCGUCUGGGACGCUCUUGAUUGCCGGCGAGGUCUGUAGGCACAUCGUUGACUAUGAGCCUGUUAUUUAAGGUUGUCGCCAUGCUAUGUGCCAAUGUCCUAUGCAGAAUCUAUCUUUAACACGACAGUUGCUCAUUACACCUGGGUUACCAUACGUUUCAGUGAUAGCACACCACAAUUUUGGACACAGUACUGGCAUCACAAGUAUGGCAACUGCUAUACGUUUAACCGUGGAAAGGACGAUCACAAUCGCAAAACCAAAGUGAAGACAUCAUCCAUUCCUGGUCAUGUAGGAGGUCUCACCUUAGAGUUAAAUAUUGAACAAGAUGAAUAUGUAAGUCUGUUAUCUCAAGAAGCGGGUAUUCGAGUGUUCGUGUCAACGCAAAAUGAGAUGCCCUUCCCUUACGAAUUGGGAAUCAGCGCAGCUCCCGGUUACUCUACAUCCAUUCAACUUCGAAAGGUAAUAAUUGGUAGGUUGGAUCCUUUUGCGAACGGGAGUUGCGAAACAAAAGACAACCUCGGGGACGACAACAUAUUCGGUGGCUUCAACAUUUCCUACAGCGUCAUGGCCUGCAAGUUUUCAUGCUUAGCAAGGCUCAUGAAUCACCGCUGUGGCUGUGUUAUAUACACAUUGAAGUAUGGCGACAUGACGAAUGCAUGCAAUAGCACGGACACGCUGACAGUUGAUUGUAUUGAUGCUGCAUUUGAUGAAUUCUAUGCCGGAGCAUGUGAAAAGCAAUGUCGAGAAAAAUGCAGGGAGAAUACUUUCAAGAUGACAAUUUCUGUCGCAAGUUGGCCUUCUCGACAUUAUAGGGGUACAUUCGAGGACGAACUAAAUGAGCAAAAACUUGGGAAUCAUUCCGAUGAUCUGAGUGAAAACUUUUUGAAGUUGAAGGUGUAUUACGGAGAACUCAAUUUUGAAGUGAUAGAGGAAGAACUUGCUUACACGUUUGCAAGAUUUUUGUCAGAUAUUGGAGGAAUCAUGGGCAUGUGGAUUGGCAUUUCAGCGUUGACGUGUGUGGAAGUUCUAGAGCUGGUGGCUUCGCUGUGUUACACAAUUUUAAAAAGAAUUAAACAACCACGAGCUAAUGUUAUUGAAGUACAAGCAAAUGACAGUCCUGCUUAGAAUUGUCGAAAGUACAAUGAUUCCAAAUCAGGCUUUUUCAAUCGCCCGGACAAGAGAUGAAGUUUUUGGUAGCUACUAUAAUUAGAAGCGUAUACGGCAGCGUGUUAAAUAGUUUAUUAAGACUUUUUUUUUCGCGAACAACCAAAAAACUUGAUUUGUAACUUCGAAUUCAAAGGACGGUUACCGAGCUUAAUUAAUGUGGAGAUAAAGAUAUAAUGAAACAAAUCUUCUUAAAGAAGCUUAGUCACAGUAUUUUGAGUUAUUCUGGCCACGUACAAAAUUAUCUAAAAAAU